GAAAGGCACCUGAGCAUCGAUUCAAUAGACAUGCAUAAAACAGUUAUUUCUGAUCACUACUUGAUUGACUUGUUUAAGAUCCUGUUUGAACACAUUUACAUUGUUUCAUUUUAAUUUGAUUGACAAUGUUCGUCAAUUUAGAUUGGCUUAAACCAAAAUAUGUUUUACUUCGAUCGGUUUCUUCCUCUUUCAUUAAUUUUCAUGAUAUAAGUAUAUAAAGAGACUGAUUUUCAAUAAAAUUAUGCCUUUGAUUCCAUAAAGAUUACCAACUUUACUUGAUCAACUAUACAAAUAUUCAUAACUUUCGAUUGAAAGCAAUUACUUUGAAAUUCUGGUUCAGAAUGCUCGUCAAACUAUUUCUUUUAAGUUUUGUGUUCUUUUCCAUGCUCAUAGAUGAUAAUCAUUCAGUUCAAGCUCAAAAUGAAGUUUUGAGAUUUUGCCGGACUACAGGCUGUGACACCCGAACUCUUCAAGAAGUAUUUGACCAAUGUAGAAGAGUAUACGGUAGUAAUACAAUCCGACGUGAACAAUGUGAUGGAGGACGUUUUCGCCAUACAUGCUGUACAAGACAACCUCGCUGUCUAGAUUUUCCCUGUACAAGAUCUGGGCAAGCUAUCGGCGAAAUAACAAGGAUUUGUCGUCAAGAAUUCGGUGAACAACCUCUCAGAAUCACGGGACGAACUUGUGGUCAAUCACGCACUCAAUAUCGAUGCUGUACAAGGCCCUGAUCCUUUCCAAAAAAUGGCUACAGCAUUUGGAAGAAUUGGUUGGUUUGCUUGAAACGAUGAACUUGGAUGGACUAAAAGAUAAAUGAUUUAUGGUCAAUAGGAUUAAACAAAUAAUUAUAUGUUUGAUGUAAUAACCAGAAUAAGAUGCAUCUUAAAACACUUCU